UAUGAGGGUACAAGCAACAAAGAUUUCGCGUCAGAGUUCAGACCAUUAAUGGAGUAUCCACUCUACAAGCUCUUCUUACAUUGCUGAAAAUGGAAAACCUGGAUACAGCUCCACCACCGCCGGAACAAGAACCAGACUCCAAGAAGCUUAAGAUGUCCACGACGACCACCUCAGAUGACGAAGACACCACUACCGCUACUACCGCUUCCGCCAACGCCGACGACACAAAGAAACCAAGAUACAAGCGCCGAAAGGUUGCAAUUUUCUUUGCUUAUUGCGGUGUCGGAUACCAAGGUAUGCAGAAAAACCCAGGCGCGAAAACCAUCGAGGGUGAUCUUGAGGAAGGACUCUAUCAUGCCGGCGCCGUUCCGGAUCAUGAUCGAAACAACCCCAAACGAUAUGAUUGGGCUCGGUCGGCCCGUACUGAUAAGGGCGUCAGCGCUGUGGGGCAAGUAGUCUCGGGGAGAUUCUACGUGGAUCCACCCGGCUUUAUCGACCGCCUGAAUGCGAACCUUUCCCCGCAGAUUCGGAUAUUCGGGUACAAGCGUGUGACGGGUUCGUUUAAUGCCAAAAAGUUCUGUGAUCGGAGAAGGUAUGUGUAUCUUAUUCCGGUGCUCGCUCUUGAUCCAAAUUCGCAUCCUAACAGGGAGAGCGUAAUGGCCAGUUUGGGAUCUGGGAAUGAGCUCUUUAAGUGCUAUGAAUGCUCUGAGAGGGGGCGCAAGGUUGCUGGGUUAAUGGGCAAGCGUAAUUAUGAAUUAAGAGGUUCGAGUUUUGAGCUGGACAUAUCGUCGAACAAUGAGAAUGCUAAGGUAGACGCUGCACUUAGCGGCGAAAUUGGCAUUUCUUUAAUAAAUGGUGAUGCCAGUGAUCCAAAUUCGGAGUCCUUAAAGGAAAUUAAAUCCGAAAAUGGGGAUGCUGGAAGCAACAAGGUUCAAGAUGGAAUUUUGGACUCGAACGAGGGUAAUGCUGCGAAGGACACUACUGGCGAAGUAGAAGAGAUUAGUGGAGAGGAGAAGACUGUAAAGAGAAGUGAUUUCUCUUAUGGUGAGAAUGAGAAAAAAAGAUUUAAUAGAAUUCUGAAUUAUUACGUGGGGACUCAUAACUUCCAUAACUUUACCACCAGAACAAAAGCAGCGGACCCUGCAGCAUGGCGCUUCAUCAUUUCGUUUAAUGCUAACACCAUAGUUACUGUUGAAGGCAUGGAAUUUGUCAAGUGUGAAGUGGUGGGACAGAGCUUCAUGCUUCAUCAGAUCAGGAAGUUGAUUGGGCUUGCUGUGGCGGUGAUGAGGAACUGUGCCCCUGAGUCAUUGAUAGAGAAGGCCCUACAAAAGGAUGUUAACAUGAAUGUGCCAACGGCCCCUGAAGUUGGGUUGUACUUGGAUGAGUGUUUCUUUACAUCAUAUAACCAAAAGUGGAAAGACAGUCAUGAAGAGCUAUCGAUGAAAGAGUAUGAAAAAGAGGCAGAAGACUUCAAAAUGAAGCAUAUAUACCCUCAUAUUGCAUUGACGGAGCAGAAAGAAGGUGUGGUGGCUCUAUGGUUGCACUCUCUAAACCAUCGAAACUAUCCAGAUUUACAAGUUGUUAAUAAUGAAAACGCAACUAACAAGAUUAGUACUGAUGAAGAGACCAAGGUUGAGUGAAAUGUCUUGCGAGGCAUCAGUUCUCUACAUUGGUUCGUCCUUUGAUGAAAUAGAGGAGAAUAUUGAUCGUACCCGCGAAAAUGGCCGUGGACUGGACCCAACUCCCGCCAGAACUCGUAGAAUCGAUCUCCAACAACCUCACAAUCUAUGCCGAUUGCAUCCGAUUCCGAGUCGUCUGUCGGAGCUGGCGAUCCUCCGUCCCCAAUACCCCAAACCAUCUACCUCCACAACUUCCAUG